UGUAAAUAUUAUUUUACCAGAUUUUAUUGGUUUGAUUUGGCUUCAUAGUUCAUACCAAUAAUGAAAAUGGUAAAAGGGUAAAAAGAAAAAAAACUAGAGAAAAGCUAUGCCGGAUCUCUGACCGCAACGACCCGUUUUCCUGUCGUUUUGGUUCAAUAAAAGCGCCAAAUUCCACCUCUUGCAACGGAUCCGACCAACGGUUUUUUAAAAUUCCACCUGAAAGUUCUUCCCUUUUCUCGGCCUUCAACCUCAAUAUCCAUUCGUACAAUUCAAACCCCGUUGAAUGGAACGAGAUGUAGAUUGCUGUAUUGAGCCAGAUGAAUCUCUCCCUAUCCAGCAAGCACAGUUCGACGGCGGAGCCGUGGCGUCGGCUUUGAGCUGCGGCCUCACCUUGGACCCUACGGCAGAAGUCCUCCUCUCCUUCAACUCAGAUGGUUUGUCUUGGAAAUCGCUCGAGCCAUUCGAUAGUGUAAUUUGAGUUCUCUCCUGUUCGUUCCCUUUUGUUUUUGUCAGUAAAGUUUCUGUUUUUAUCAACUCCAGAUUCACAUUUGUUUCUUAAUUGUGUUACAAUUUGUGAUAAUUUUGAUUUGUUGUAUGGAAUCUGGGAUUUCUUCUGCUUAUUAGGCUUUAAUGGCAACUGGGUUCUUCUAAAUUUCUAAUGUUAAACGAUGAGUUGAUGGUACCGUUUAAUCAUGAAAUUUUAAAAUUUCUAGUACUGUAUAAUAAACAGGAUGUCUCAACUUGUUUGGGCAUCACAUUUGCUUCAAAGGUUGCAACUGAGAUCCAAUUUUCCGAUGUGUAUACCGUUGAGUUGAUCAGCCACAGUUUGAUACAUGGACCAAAGGUUUCAAAUGCUACAAAAUGCCUUUCCGGUCGUCAUGAAUACGAGGUUCAGAUUUACCGCAUUACAGUGCACGGUUUCCAGCAGUCAAAGGCUCUGCCUUCUCUUUUGGUCCUGGCUGCAUGUACAUUUGGUCAUAAGGAUCUCCAAACAUGUCAGAUGUGGGUUGAACAGAUCAAUGCUUCUCUGGCCAUAGAACAAGGGCGACCAAAGAAUCUAUUGGUUUUUGUUCAUCCAAGGAGUGGGAAGGGAAACGGCUGCAAAAUUUGGGACUCGGUGGCUCCUAUAUUCUCCCAUGCUAAAGUGAAAACAAGGGUCAUUGUGACCCAAAGGUCAGGGAAUGCAUAUGAUAUGAUGGCAUCUGUAGGUAACAAAGAGCUUGCUUCAUAUGACGGAGUUGUAGUCGUUGUACGGAUUUUAUGGACAUGUCAUUACUGAGAGUGAAAAAUAAGCUUUAAAGGAGCAUCUGUAGGUGCGGAUUUUAUGGACAUGUCAUUACUGAGAGUGAAAAACACCGUUGGAUGCAGGAAGAAGGGUAUUUUUAAAGCACCGGUAAUUUGCUAGUUGGAUUUCAUAUUUGCUAUGCGAGUCCCAAAACCACGAAUUUUGGGUCUUAAAUCAUUCGCAUGGUCUCUGUGUAUUUGUUUUCCGAUAUACUUUCACCGUGUAGAUUAACAAGAAAUUAUCUUGUAAAUGUGUAUCAUUCAGGUCC